UCUUCUGCUAACUAGCAGUUAGCCAUGGAUACACUAAAGUUUAUGAUUCUGCUCUUAUGGAUGUGUGGAGGACAGGCACAGCACAGCCUGCAGAAAACAUACAGAGAUGCAGCAGUGCUGACCUCUUGCGACUUUAACCAGGACAGUGAACCAUUCUGCAAGUUCCUCCAGGAUAGCACAGACAACGGUGACUGGACCCGACAGAAAGGUCCAACCCCGACAUCUGGCACUGGCCCCAGUGGAGACUACCCUGAUGGAAAGGGCUUCUAUAUCUACCAGGAGUGUGACAAUGUGUCUAAUGGACAGAAAGUUCGUCUGCUGAGCCCUGCCCUCUCAUCAUCGGCCUCUCAGAUCUGUGUCCAGUUUCGAUACUACAUGUACGGCUCGGACAGUGCAAAUGUGUUUAGGGUUCUGGUUAGGAGGCCCAGCAGUGAGCAGGAGGUCUGGAAGAGGACAGGUAUGCAGAGUCCAUCCUGGCUAAAGGGAUCUGUCACCGUGUCCAAACCCAGCAGUGAGAGCGUUACCAUUGUGUUUGAGGCUCAGAGAGGCUUGACUUCUUCCUGUGACACCGCUCUGGACAACAUCAUCAUCACUGAAGGAGCAUGUCCCUCUUGUGUUUCUGACUGCGAUUUUGACACUGACCUGUGUGGGUGGACGAGUCAUACUGAGGAUCCUGACUUAUUUGGCUUUGAACAGUGGUCCGGGAAUACGAACACUGAAGGCACUGGCCCUGAUGAUGACUUCUCCAAACCUGGAUUUGGCUCCUACAUGUUGAUGGAUUCUAGUGAGGCUGUCCCUGGAGCCAAGUCUCAGCUCAUAAGUCCUGAAAUAACUCCGGCGUCUGGAUGUCUGGACCUCACCUUCCACUACUACCUGUACGGCACCAGCACCACUAUGGAGCUCAGUGUCCACACCAUCACUCCAGGUGGAAGCCUUGGACCUGCUCUCUUCACUGUGAGGGGGAACCAGGGUCAGGGCUGGAAGCCUGCCGAGGCCCAGUACUUGGGAACUGCUGCCAUUCAGUUUGUGAUUGUGGGUACCUUUGGAGAAACUCCUGAGACAGAUAUUGCCGUUGAUGCUGUGUGUGUCACGCCUUGCAAAGCUCAGCCAACAACUCCUCUACCACCAAUAACAACUCCAACAACACCUAAACCAACAACUCCAGGACCAACUACACCUAAACCUACAACUCCAGGACCAACUACACCUAAACCAACAACUCCAGGACCAACUACACCUAAACCAACAACUCCAGGACCAACUACACCUAAACCUACAACUCCAGGACCAACUACACCUAAACCAACAACUCCAGGACCAACUACACCUAAACCAACAACUCCAGGACCAACUACACCUAAACCAACAACUCCAGGACCAACCACAGCCAAGCCACCAAAACCAUGCCCUCCUGAUGCAGAUUAUAUAGAAUGUGGCCCAGCUUGUAUCCCCACCUGUAUGGAACCCUCCACCAACUGUUCUGGCUCCUGUAUCAGUGGCUGCUUCUGCAAACCAGGGUUUGUCUUCAAAGGACGGCACUGUGUGCCAUUGGAGAAAUGUGGCUGUCUGGACGGCCAGAAUAACUAUUAUGAGCCUGGCGAGAUCAUAUUUGGAGAUGGCUGCUCAACGCUGUGUCGCUGUGCAGGGAACUACUCUUUGGAAUGUGUUGAUAACUCCUGUGACCCUACUGAAGAGUGCCGCGAGGUCAAUGGUGUUUCAGGCUGCUAUCCUAAAGGUACAUCCACAUGCGUAGCGUCUGGUGAUCCCCACUACACCACUUUUGACAAACGCAACUACAACUUCAUGGGCAACUGUAGCUACUUGAUGUCUGGACCCUGCAAUACAACAACUCUGCCAUUCUUUGAGGUCCAUGCCGACAAUGAACAUCGCUUUAACACACCCACCAUCUCCUAUGUGAAGGCCGUACAUAUGUAUAUGCGCAUGUUGAAGAUCUCCAUUCUCAAAGGUGGCACUGUGCAGGUAAAUGGGACCAAUGUAAACGUGCCAGUGUCUCCGGCCCCUGGUGUCUCUGUGUUCAUGUCAGGAAAGUUCUACACUGUACACAUGGACUUUGGUGUGACUGUUCGUUAUGAUGGAAACCACUUCAUGGACAUCAAAGUGAUCAAAGACUAUGAGAACCAGCUGUGUGGCCUGUGUGGAGAUUACGAUGGAGAUGCCAAAGAUGACUUCCGUAAACCAGAUGGAUCGUUGACCGACAAUGCCAAUGACUUUGGACACAGCUGGAACACCGAUUCAGAGUGUAAUAAGAAACCCAACACCACCAUCCCUGAGUGUGAUGGAGAGCAAGAACUGUAUGAGAGCUCUGGAUACUGUGGCAUCCUGCUGGAAAAGGGUCCCUUCGCUGUGUGCCACCCCAGAGUCAACCCAAAUAAUUACUUCAAGGACUGUGUCUUUGACCUGUGUGCGCUGGAUGGAGCCAAGCCCGUUCUGUGUGAAGCCAUAGAAGCCUACGUCAAUGAAUGCCAGGACCGCGGGGUGAACAUCGGACCCUGGAGGAAUAGCACCUUCUGCCCUCUGGACUGCGGCCCAAACAGCCACUAUGAGCCCUGUGCAGACCCCUGUCAGGAGACGUGUACUGGGAAACCUCCCUCCUGCGGUGGGCCCUGCUCUGAAAGCUGUGUGUGUGAUCCUGGCUACGUCCUGAGUGCCGGCAAGUGCGUCAGGAAGAGUUCUUGUGGCUGCACCUACAACGGCCAGUAUUAUGAGCCUGGAGACGAGUUUUAUCAGGCGGACUGUAUGUUGAAGUGUAAGUGCAAUGCUCCCUUCGUUACCUGUGCGGCCUCUGAAUGUCCCCCAAUGCACGAGUGUAAACACAAGGAUGGAGAGCUGGGCUGCUAUCCCACCAGCUCUCAGGACUGUGUGGUGUCUGGAGAUCCUCACUACAACACGUUUGACAAAAAGUUCUACAGCUUCAUGGGAACAUGUACCUACACCCUGGCCAGAACCUGCAAGAACACCACAGGUCCCUGGUUCUCAGUGGAGGGGAAGAAUGAGGAGAGAGGAAUGCCAGGGUUGUCCUACCUGAGAAAGCUCUACGUGACUGUGAAUGGAAUCACUGUGACCCUGAUGAAGGCCAGGAGGACGCUGGUGAACGGACUGCGAGUGUCCCUCCCUCACUCCCCCUCCCCUCUCAUCUCUCUCAGUCUGGCCGGCCAGUACAUCACCCUGCAGACGCCCUUCGGCCUCCGGGUGCGCUGGGACGGAAACCAUUACGCCCAGAUCUCUGUUCCCAGCUCCUACCACGACCAGAUGUGCGGCCUCUGCGGCGACUACGACGGGAACCCGAACAACGACUUCACCAAGCCAGAUGGCACUCUGGGAGGCAACGUCAACGACUUCGGCAACAGCUGGCAGACAAAAGAAGACGAGGAUGACUCGUGUAGCCAAGGCACCGGGCCCAGCCCAGACUGUGACCCCAAACUGGAGGCCGAGGUGGUGAAGCCAGACAAAUGUGGCAAACUCAAAGACCCUGCUGGACCCUUCAGGGAGUGUAUCGGUGUGGUGAAUCCCACUCCGUUCUUCCAGAGCUGUGUGUAUGACAUGUGCCAGUUCCAAGGCCAGCAGCAUGUGCUGUGUGACCAGCUCCAGGCCUACACCGACGCCUGCCAGAGCGCCGGAGCCAAAGUCCACCCGUGGAGGACUCCAAGCUUCUGUCCCCUGGCCUGUCCUCCCAACAGCUCCUACUCCCUGUGUGUGAGUUCAUGUCCGGAGACGUGUCUGGGUGUGUCUGGACCCCCCGGUUGCGAGGACCUGUGUGUGGAGGGCUGCGAGUGUAAGCCGGGCUUCAUCCUCAGCAACGACAAGUGUGUGUCCCUGAAAGACUGCGGCUGCGUGGACCCCAGUGGAUCCUAUCACCCUGUGGAUGAUAACUGGUACCUGGAGGGUUGUGAGCAGAAGUGUGUGUGUCACAGCGGAGGUUUGAUCCAGUGUCACAACAGCAGCUGUAAGCCGACCACUGAGAGCUGCCAGCUACACGACGGAGAAUAUGAAUGUCGUCCUCUGGGACCAACUACACCUAAACCAACAACUCCAGGACCAACUACACCUAAACCAACAACUCCAGGACCAACUACACCUAAACCACCAACUCCAGGACCAACUACAUCUAAACCAACAACUCCAGGACCAACUACACCUAAACCUACAACUCCAGGACCAACUACACCUAAACCAACAACUCCAGGACCAACUACACCUAAACCUACAACUCCAGGACCAACUACACCUAAACCAACAACACCUAAACCAACAACUCCAGGACCAACUACACCUAAACCAACAACUCCAGGACCAACCACAGCUAAGCCACCAAAACCAUGCCCUCCUGAUGCAGAUUAUAUAGAAUGUGGCCCAGCUUGUAUCCCCACCUGUAUGGAACCCUCCACCAACUGUUCUGGCUCCUGUAUCAGUGGCUGCUUCUGCAAACCAGGGUUUGUCUUCAAAGGACGGCACUGUGUGCCAUUGGAGAAAUGUGGCUGGACUACGGGCCAGAAUAACUAUUAUGAGCCUGGCGAGAUCAUAUUUGGAGAUGGCUGCUCAACGCUGUGUCGCUGUGCAGGGAACUACUCUUUGGAAUGUGUUGAUAACUCCUGUGACCCUACUGAAGAGUGCCGCGAGGUCAAUGGUGUUUCAGGCUGCUAUCCUAAAGGUACAUCCACAUGCGUAGCGUCUGGUGAUCCCCACUACACCACUUUUGACAAACGCAACUACAACUUCAUGGGCAACUGUAGCUACUUGAUGUCUGGACCCUGCAAUACAACAACUCUGCCAUUCUUUGAGGUCCAUGCCGACAAUGAACAUCGCUUUAACACACCCACCAUCUCCUAUGUGAAGGCCGUACAUGUAUAUGUGCGCAUGUUGAAGAUCUCCAUUCUCAAAGGUGGCACUGUGCAGGUAAAUGGGACCAAUGUAAACGUGCCAGUGUCUCCGGCCCCUGGUGUCUCUGUGUUCAAGUCAGGAAAGUUCUACACUGUAUCCAUGGACUUUGGUGUGACUGUUCGUUAUGAUGGAAACCACUUCAUGGACAUCAAAGUGAUCAAAGACUAUGAGAACCAGCUGUGUGGCCUGUGUGGAGAUUACGAUGGAGAUGCCAAAGAUGACUUCCGUAAACCAGAUGGAUCGUUGACCGACAAUGCCAAUGACUUUGGACACAGCUGGAACACCGAUUCAGAGUGUAAUAAGAAACCCAACACCACCAUCCCUGAGUGUGAUGGAGAGCAAGAACUGUAUGAGAGCUCUGGAUACUGUGGCAUCCUGCUGGACAAAAAGGGUCCCUUCGCUGUGUGCCACCCCAGAGUCAACCCAAAUAAUUACUUCAAGGACUGUGUCUUUGACCUGUGUGCACUGGAUGGAGCCAAGCCCGUUCUGUGUGAAGCCAUAGAAGCCUACGUCAAUGAAUGCCAGGACCGCGGGGUGAACAUCGGACCCUGGAGGAAUAGCACCUUCUGCCCUCUGGACUGCGGCCCAAACAGCCACUAUGAGCCCUGUGCAGACCCCUGUCAGGAGACGUGUACUGGGAAACCUCCCUCCUGCAGUGGGCCCUGCUCUGAAAGCUGUGUGUGUGAUCCUGGCUACGUCCUGAGUGCCGGCAAGUGCGUCAGGAAGAGUUCUUGUGGCUGCACCUACAACGGCCAGUAUUAUGAGUUUUAUCAGGCGGACUGUAUGUUGAAGUGUAAGUUCGAUGCUCCCUCGCUACUUAGCGCCGCCUCUGAAUGUCCCCCAAUGCACGAGUGUAAACACAAGGAUGGAGAGCUGGGCUGCUAUCCCACCAGCUCUCAGGACUGUGUGGUGUCUGGAGAUCCUCACUACAACACGUUUGACAAAAAGUUCUACAGCUUCAUGGGAACAUGUACCUACACCCUGGCCAGAACCUGCAAGAACACCACAGGUCCCUGGUUCUCAGUGGAGGGGAAGAAUGAGGAGAGAGGAAUGCCAGGGUUGUCCUACCUGAGAAAGCUCUACGUGACUGUGAAUGGAAUCACUGUGACCCUGAUGAAGGCCAGGAGGACGCUGGUGAACGGACUGCGAGUGUCCCUCCCUCACUCCCCCUCCCCUCUCAUCUCUCUCAGUCUGGCCGGCCAGUACAUCACCCUGCAGACGCCCUUCGGCCUCCGGGUGCGCUGGGACGGAAACCAUUACGCCCAGAUCUCUGUUCCCAGCUCCUACCACGACCAGAUGUGCGGCCUCUGCGGGCGUACGCACCGGAAACCGAACAACGACUUUACCAAGCCAGAUGGCACUCUGGGAGGCAACGUCAACGACUUCGGCAACAGCUGGCAGACAAAAGAAGACGAGGAUGACUCGUGUAGCCAAGGCACCGGGCCCAGCCCAGACUGUGACCCCAAACUGGAGGCCGAGGUGGUGAAGCCAGACAAAUGUGGCAAACUCAAAGACCCUGCUGGACCCUUCAGGGAGUGUAUCGGUGUGGUGAAUCCCACUCCGUUCUUCCAGAGCUGUGUGUAUGACAUGUGCCAGUUCCAAGGCCAGCAGCAUGUGCUGUGUGACCAGCUCCAGGCCUACACCGACGCCUGCCAGAGCGCCGGAGCCAAAGUCCACCCGUGGAGGACUCCAAGCUUCUGUCCCCUGGCCUGUCCUCCCAACAGCUCCUACUCCCUGUGUGUGAGUUCGUUUCCGGAGACGUGUGGUGUGUCUGGACCCCCGGUUCGCAGGACCUGUGUGUGGAGGGGCUGCGAGUGUAAGCCGGGCUUUAUCCUCAGCAACGACAAGUGUGUGUCCCUGAAAGACCUGCGGGCGGACCCCAGUGGAUCCUAUCACCCUGUGGAUGAUAACUGGUACCUGGAGGGUUGUGAGCAGAAGUGUGUGUACAGCGGAGGUUUGAUCCAGUGUCACAACAGCAGCUGUAGGCCGACCCAACUGAGAGCUGCCAGCUACGACGGAGAAUAUGAAUGUCGUCCUCUGGAACCAUGCCCUCCUGAUGCAGAUUAUAUAGAAUGUGGCCCAGCUUGUAUCCCCACCUGUAUGGAACCCUCCACCAACUGUUCUGGCUCCUGUAUCAGUGGCUGCUUCUGCAAACCAGGGUUUGUCUUCAAAGGACGGCACUGUGUGCCAUUGGAGAAAUGUGGCUGUCUGGACGGCCAGAAUAACUAUUAUGAGCCUGGCGAGAUCAUAUUUGGAGAUGGCUGCUCAACGCUGUGUCGCUGUGCAGGGAACUACUCUUUGGAAUGUGUUGAUAACUCCUGUGACCCUACUGAAGAGUGCCGCGAGGUCAAUGGUGUUUCAGGCUGCUAUCCUAAAGGUACAUCCACAUGCGUAGCGACUAGUGAUCCCCACUACACCACUUUUGACAAACGCAACUACAACUUCAUGGGCAACUGUAGCUACUUGAUGUCUGGACCCUGCAAUACAACAACUCUGCCAUUCUUUGAGGUCCAUGCCGACAAUGAACAUCGCUUUAACACACCCACCAUCUCCUAUGUGAAGGCCGUACAUGUAUAUGUGCGCAUGUUGAAGAUCUCCAUUCUCAAAGGUGGCACUGUGCAGGUGAAUGGGACCAAUGUAAACGUGCCAGUGUCUCCGGCCCCUGGUGUCUCUGUGUUCAAGUCAGGAAAGUUCUACACUGUAUCCAUGGACUUUGGUGUGACUGUUCGUUAUGAUGGAAACCACUUCAUGGACAUCAAAGUGAUCAAAGACUAUGAGAACCAGCUGUGUGGCCUGUGUGGAGAUUACGAUGGAGAUGCCAAAGAUGACUUCCGUAAACCAGAUGGAUCGUUGACCGACAAUGCCAAUGACUUUGGACACAGCUGGAACACCGAUUCAGAGUGUAAUAAGAAACCCAACACCACCAUCCCUGAGUGUGAUGGAGAGCAAGAACUGUAUGAGAGCUCUGGAUACUGUGGCAUCCUGCUGGAAAAGGGUCCCUUCGCUGUGUGCCACCCCAAAGUCAACCCAAAUAAUUACUUCAAGGACUGUGUCUUUGACCUGUGUGCGCUGGAUGGAGCCAAGCCCGUUCUGUGUGAAGCCAUAGAAGCCUACGUCAAUGAAUGCCAGGACCGCGGGGUGAACAUCGGACCCUGGAGGAAUAGCACCUUCUGCCCUCUGGACUGCGGCCCAAACAGCCACUAUGAGCCCUGUGCAGACCCCUGUCAGGAGACGUGUACUGGGAAACCUCCCUCCUGCAGUGGGCCCUGCUCUGAAAGCUGUGUGUGUGAUCCUGGCUACGUCCUGAGUGCCGGCAAGUGCGUCAGGAAGAGUUCUUGUGGCUGCACCUACAACGGCCAGUAUUAUGAGCCUGGAGACGAGUUUUAUCAGGCGGACUGUAUGUUGAAGUGUAAGUGCAAUGCUCCCUUCGUUACCUGUGCGGCCUCUGAAUGUCCCCCAAUGCACGAGUGUAAACACAAGGAUGGAGAGCUGGGCUGCUAUCCCACCAGCUCUCAGGACUGUGUGGUGUCUGGAGAUCCUCACUACACGCGUACAAAAAUUAAAAAAAAAAAUACAACAGUGACCUGUGUGUACCCUUCCUGUGCAGGUCCCUGGUUCUCAGUGGAGGGGAAGAAUGAGGAGAGAGGAAUGCCAGGGUUGUCCUACCUGAGAAAGCUCUACGUGACUGUGAAUGGAAUCACUGUGACCCUGAUGAAGGCCAGGAGGACGCUGGUGAACGGACUGCGAGUGUCCCUCCCUCACUCCCCCUCCCCUCUCAUCUCUCUCAGUCUGGCCGGCCAGUACAUCACCCUGCAGACGCCCUUCGGCCUCCGGGUGCGCUGGGACGGAAACCAUUACGCCCAGAUCUCUGUUCCCAGCUCCUACCACGACCAGAUGUGCGGCCUCUGCGGCGACUACGACGGGAACCCGAACAACGACUUUACCAAGCCAGAUGGCACUCUGGGAGGCAACGUCAACGACUUCGGCAACAGCUGGCAGACAAAAGAAGACGAGGAUGACUCGUGUAGCCAAGGCACCGGGCCCAGCCCAGACUGUGACCCCAAACUGGAGGCCGAGGUGGUGAAGCCAGACAAAUGUGGCAAACUCAAAGACCCUGCUGGACCCUUCAGGGAGUGUAUCGGUGUGGUGAAUCCCACUCCGUUCUUCCAGAGCUGUGUGUAUGACAUGUGCCAGUUCCAAGGCCAGCAGCAUGUGCUGUGUGACCAGCUCCAGGCCUACACCGACGCCUGCCAGAGCGCCGGAGCCAAAGUCCACCCGUGGAGGACUCCAAGCUUCUGUCCCCUGGCCUGUCCUCCCAACAGCUCCUACUCCCUGUGUGUGAGUUCGUGUCCGGAGACGUGUCUGGGUGUGUCUGGACCCCCCGGUUGCGAGGACCUGUGUGUGGAGGGCUGCGAGUGUAAGCCGGGCUUCAUCCUCAGCAACGACAAGUGUGUGUCCCUGAAAGACUGCGGCUGCGUGGACCCCAGUGGAUCCUAUCACCCUGUGGAUGAUAACUGGUACCUGGAGGGUUGUGAGCAGAAGUGUGUGUGUCACAGCGGAGGUUUGAUCCAGUGUCACAACAGCAGCUGUAGGCCGACCACUGAGAGCUGCCAGCUACACGACGGAGAAUAUGAAUGUCGUCCUCUGGGACCAACUACACCUAAACCAACAACUCCAGGACCAACUACACCUAAACCUACAACUCCAGGACCAACUACACCUAAACCAACAACUCCAGGACCAACUACACCUAAACCAACAACUCCAGGACCAACCACAGCUAAACCGCCAAAACCAUGCCCUCCUGAUGCAGAUUAUAUAGAAUGUGGCCCAGCUUGUAUCCCCACCUGUAUGGAACCCUCCACCAACUGUUCUGGCUCCUGUAUCAGUGGCUGCUUCUGCAAACCAGGGUUUGUCUUCAAAGGACGGCACUGUGUGCCAUUGGAGAAAUGUGGCUGUCUGGACGGCCAGAAUAACUAUUAUGAGCCUGGCGAGAUCAUAUUUGGAGAUGGCUGCUCAACGCUGUGUCGCUGUGCAGGGAACUACUCUUUGGAAUGUGUUGAUAACUCCUGUGACCCUACUGAAGAGUGCCGCGAGGUCAAUGGUGUUUCAGGCUGCUAUCCUAAAGGUACAUCCACAUGCGUAGCGACUAGUGAUCCCCACUACACCACUUUUGACAAACGCAACUACAACUUCAUGGGCAACUGUAGCUACUUGAUGUCUGGACCCUGCAAUACAACAACUCUGCCAUUCUUUGAGGUCCAUGCCGACAAUGAACAUCGCUUUAACACACCCACUAUCUCCUAUGUGAAGGCCGUACAUGUAUAUGUGCGCAUGUUGAAGAUCUCCAUCCUCAAAGGUGGCACUGUGCAGGUGAAUGGGACCAAUGUAAACGUGCCAGUGUCUCCGGCCCCUGGUGUCUCUGUGUUCAAGUCAGGAAAGUUCUACACUGUAUCCAUGGACUUUGGUGUGACUGUUCGUUAUGAUGGAAACCACUUCAUGGACAUCAAAGUGAUCAAAGACUAUGAGAACCAGCUGUGUGGCCUGUGUGGAGAUUACGAUGGAGAUGCCAAAGAUGACUUCCGUAAACCAGAUGGAUCGUUGACCGACAAUGCCAAUGACUUUGGACACAGCUGGAACACCGAUUCAGAGUGUAAUAAGAAACCCAACACCACCAUCCCUGAGUGUGAUGGAGAGCAAGAACUGUAUGAGAGCUCUGGAUACUGUGGUAUCCUGCUGGACAAAAAGGGUCCCUUUGCUGUGUGCCACCCCAAAGUCAACCCAAAUAAUUACUUCAAGGACUGUGUCUUUGACCUGUGUGCGCUGGAUGGAGCCAAGCCCGUUCUGUGUGAAGCCAUAGAAGCCUACGUCAAUGAAUGCCAGGACCGCGGGGGGAACAUCGGACCCUGGAGGAAUAGCACCUUCUGCCCUCUGGACUGCGGCCCAAACAGCCACUAUGAGCCCUGUGCAGACCCCUGUCAGGAGACGUGUACUGGGAAACCUCCCUCCUGCAGUGGGCCCUGCUCUGAAAGCUGUGUGUGUGAUCCUGGCUACGUCCUGAGUGCCGGCAAGUGCGUCAGGAAGAGUUCUUGUGGCUGCACCUACAACGGCCAGUAUUAUGAGCCUGGAGACGAGUUUUAUCAGGCGGACUGUAUGUUGAAGUGUAAGUGCGAUGCUCCCUUCGUUACCUGUGCGGCCUCUGAAUGUCCCCCAAUGCACGAGUGUAAACACAAGGAUGGAGAGCUGGGCUGCUAUCCCACCAGCUCUCAGGACUGUGUGGUGUCUGGAGAUCCUCACUACAACACGUUUGACAAAAAGUUCUACAGCUUCAUGGGAACAUGUACCUACACCCUGGCCAGAACCUGCAAGAACACCACAGGUCCCUGGUUCUCAGUGGAGGGGAAGAAUGAGGAGAGAGGAAUGCCAGGGUUGUCCUACCUGAGAAAGCUCUACGUGACUGUGAAUGGAAUCACUGUGACCCUGAUGAAGGCCAGGAGGACGCUGGUGAACGGACUGCGAGUGUCCCUCCCUCACUCCCCCUCCCCUCUCAUCUCUCUCAGUCUGGCCGGCCAGUACAUCACCCUGCAGACGCCCUUCGGCCUCCGGGUGCGCUGGGACGGAAACCAUUACGUCCAGAUCUCUGUUCCCAGCUCCUACCACGACCAGAUGUGCGGCCUCUGCGGCGACUACGACGGGAACCCGAACAACGACUUUACCAAGCCAGAUGGCACUCUGGGAGGCAACGUCAACGACUUCGGCAACAGCUGGCAGACAAAAGAAGACGAGGAUGACUCGUGUAGCCAAGGCACCGGGCCCAGCCCAGACUGUGACCCCAAACUGGAGGCCGAGGUGGUGAAGCCAGACAAAUGCGGCAAACUCAAAGACCCUGCUGGACCCUUCAGGGAGUGUAUCGGUGUGGUGAAUCCCACUCCGUUCUUCCAGAGCUGUGUGUAUGACAUGUGCCAGUUCCAAGGCCAGCAGCAUGUGCUGUGUGACCAGCUCCAGGCCUACACCGACGCCUGCCAGAGCGCCGGAGCCAAAGUCCACCCGUGGAGGACUCCAAGCUUCUGUCCCCUGGCCUGUCCUCCCAACAGCUCCUACUCCCUGUGUGUGAGGUUCGUCGCGGAGACGUGUCUGGGUGUGUCUGGACCCCGGUCUGCCGAGGACCUGUGUGUGGAGGGCUGCGAGUGUAAGCCGGGCUUCAUCCUCAGCAACGACAAGUGUGUGUCCCUGAAAGACUGCGGCUGCGUGGACCCCAGUGGAUCCUAUCACCCUGUGGAUGAUAACUGGUACCUGGAGGGUUGUGAGCAGAAGUUGUGUGGCCACAGCGGAGGUUUGAUCCAGUGUCACAACAGCAGCUGUAGGCCGACCACUGAGAGCUGCCAGCUACACGACGGAGAAUAUGAAUGUCGUCCUCUGGGAAAUGGUAUGUGCUCAGUAUGUGGCGAUCCCCACUACACCACCUUUGACAAACACACCCACCAUUAUAUGGGAGCGUGCUCCUACACCCUGUCCAAACCCUGCAACGCCUCCUCCGGCAUGCCCUACUUCACCGUGGACACCCAGAACGAGCACAGAGGGAGCAGUAAGAAGAUUUCCUACGUCAAGGCCGUGGUGAUCAAUGUGAGCGGCGUGACGGUCAUCCUCGGCAAGGGUCGCACAGUCCAGGUCAAUGGGACGGUGGUUGUUCCCCCCGUCACCUCCAUCAGCGGAGUAAAAAUCUACCUGAGCGGCAAGUUUGUUGUCCUGGAGACAUCCUUCGGCCUGAGGGUGCGUUUCGAUGGCAACCACCACGCUGACGUUACCGUGCCGACCUCCUACAAUGGCCUGCUCUGUGGCAUGUGUGGAAAUUUCAACGGAAACUCCAAAGAUGACAACUUGAAACCAGACAAUAAACCGGCCGCUAACACCAACGAACUUGGAGACAGCUGGCAGGUUCCUGACCCCCGGCCAGACUGCACCAACGGGGGAGGAGCGGACGACUGUGACAAAAAGGUGGAGGAGGAGGCCAAGAAGCCCACCAGCUGCGGCAUGAUCACCGAUCCCAAAGGUAUCUUUAAGCCGUGCCACUCGGUCGUGCCUCCCGAGCCGUACUUUGGAAACUGUGUGUACGACAUGUGUGCCACCGGCGGUCAGACCGUGGCUCUGUGCCAGGCCGUAGAGAGCUACGCCGACAUGUGUGCUGCUGCCGGAGUCUCCAUCGCAUGGAGAAACAACACCUUCUGUCCUCUUAAGUGCCCCCCAGGCAGUCAGUACAGCCCGUGCGGCCCCGCCUGCUCCCAGCCCAGCUGUCAGGACCCCGUGAGCCCUGGCGGCUCCUGCAACCAGCCCUGUGUGGAGGGAUGCGUCUGCAACCCUGGCUUGGUCCUCAGCGGAGACAAAUGCGUCCCGCUCAGCGAGUGCGGAUGUACCGACCAAGACGGACACUACAGGCCGGUGGGAGAUAGUUGGUUCACAGAGAAGGACUGCUCCGAGCGCUGCAAGUGUAACGGCAACAAAAACAUCACCUGCGAGCCGUGGCAGUGCAGCCCGGCCCAGGAGUGUAAAGUUGUAGAAGGAGUGCUGGAUUGCCAUUCUACAGGGAAAGGAGUGUGCCACGUGGCUGGAGAUCCUCACUACUACACCUUUGAUGGUGUGAUGCACACGUACAUGGGCACGUGCACUUACACUCUGGUGGAGGUGUGUAACACCACCAAGGUAACUCCCUUCAAGAUCGUGGCUAAAAACGAGGAGCGCGGUCAGCCAGAGGCCUCCUAUGUCCGCUCUGUCACAGUCUACCUGCCUCAUGACACUGUGGUUGAGCUGCAGAAGAGCCGCAGAGUUCUGCUGAAUGAACGGCGGGUGCGAACCCCAGUUUCCAUUGACGUGGCCGGAGCCAAGGUGAUAACCAGCGGAUCCUACAGUCUGCUGGACACAAACUUUGGUCUGCAGGUCAAGUUUGACGGAGUCCAUCACCUGGAGAUUACUGUUCCUGGAGAAUACUAUAACAAGCUGUGUGGAAUGUGUGGGAACUACAACCACAACUCCUCCGAUGACAACCUGAUGCCCAACAAGAAGCCAGCCAAGGAUGUGAUUGAACUGGGCAACAGCUGGAAAUCAGACGGAGACAGUGAUCCUGGCUGUCAGCCAGACACCCGUCCAGACGUCCACCCCAACUGCACGGCAGAGGAGGAGAAGCGGUUCGAGGCUCAGUGUGCCGAGGUCAUCCUCUCCGACCGCUUCAAGCCCUGCCACUCCUUCGUGCCCCCCGAGGCCUUCCUGGGUAACUGCGUCUACGACAUGUGCGAGUACGACGGCAUGCCGGCCACUCUCUGUGACAACGUGGAGGCCUACGCUCAGGCCUGUCAGAGCGCCGGAGUCACCAUCAGCUGGAGGAACAACACCUUCUGUCCCAUGCCCUGCCCUCCCAAAAGCCACUACUCUGACUGCACCGCCCCCUGCCCCCCCACCUGCUCCGACCUCUUCCCCAUCUUCUGCCACCUCCCCCCGACCACCUGUGUGGAGGGCUGCCAGUGUGACGCCGGCUUCGUUCUCAGCGACAACGUGUGCGUUCCUCUAGACAAAUGUGGCUGUGUGGACUCAGAUGGAGAGUACCAUGAUGUGGGAGACUCGUGGCUGACAAAUAGAUGUACCGACAGGUGUACCUGUAACCUUGGCGGCAAAAUCGCGUGUAAGGAACACAGCUGUAACUCCAACGCCGUGUGUGCCCUGGACAAGAAUGGAGACCUGACCUGCAAACCCACCAAGUUUGACAAGUGCAGCAUCCAAGGGGAUCCUCACCACCGAACAUUUGAUGGUUUCACCCAUCAUUUCCAGGGCGCCUACACCUACGUCCUGACCCAGAGCUACGACCCGGACAACUCCCUGACGCCGCUGGUGGUGAGGGGGAAGAACAUCAGGCGCGGGGGGAACCAGAGGAUCUCCCUCCUGGAUCAGAUGUACAUCGACGUUUACGGUUUCAACGUUCGCUUCCUGCAGAAGAAGCAAGUCCUGGUGAAUGGGGAGCGUGUGGCCCCCCCUCUCAGUCCAGUUGCCGGUUUGACCAUCACGAUGAACUCCAGGCAGGUCCAGCUCGCCACUGACUUUGGACUCACAGUUCGCUUUGACGGCAACUACCGCGGAGAGAUCAUACUGCCCAGCACCUAUAAGAACUCUGUCAGAGGGCUGUGCGGAAACUACGACGGCGUCACCAGAAACGAGUACAUUAAGCCGGACGGAACGCUGGUCCGGGACCUGAACACGUUUGGAGAAAGCUGGAGGGUCAGUGAGCGGCAGGCGGGCGGACUGAGAACCUCCAACCUUCCUCACACAGUCCACAGGCACGAGGCGGAGACUGAUCUGGAUUCAGGAUUUGAGACAUCGGACUGCUCCCAGUCUCAGCUCAAUAACUACCUCAGUGUGGCUCAGUGUGGAGCACUGUCUCACUCCGAGGGGCCAUUUGCUGCCUGCCACGCAGCCCUGGAACCUCAAAUCUACCAGGAUGACUGUGUGUUUGACCUGUGUGCUGAGGAUGGCAGUGCAGUGCUGCGUUGUGCCAGUUAUGAAGCGUACGCCGCAGCGUGUCAGGAGGCUGGAGUCAAACUGGGGCACUGGAGGCAGCAGCUGGGCUGUGUCCUGUCCUGUGACGCCAACAGCACCUACUCCCCCUGCAUGUCCCCUUGCCCCGCCUCAUGCGCUGACCUGGCAGCACCCUCCGAGUGUGACAUCACUUCCUGCAUGGAGGGCUGCCAGUGUGCCGCCGGCUUCGUCAUGAGCGAGGGAAGCUGUGUGCCAUACACGCAGUGUGGCUGCACCUUCCUCAGCAGAUACUACACUCUGAACGAGAAGUUUGUGACCGAGGACUGUUCCCAGGCCUGUGAAUGCACCAGCCUGGGCGCCGUGUGCCAGCCCAAGACCUGCCAGAGCGGAGACGUCUGCACCGUCUACAACUUCAAACGGGACUGCUACAGAGCGAGCCCUUGCCUCAGCUACCCCUGUCAGAACGGAGGAACAUGCCAGGAGGCCAGCAACAGCACAUACGCCUGUCAGUGUGCAGAGGGCUUUGAGGGCUCAAACUGCGAGGUGGAGAAAACACCAAGCGGAGGACUGGAAACCAAGUGGAUCAUCCUGAUCGCGGUCCUGGCCGCUGUCGCCGUCAUCGCCAUCGUGACCGCCAUCGCGUGCGCUUGCAGACAGAGAUCCAAGUCACAAGUUUAUGUAAUUCAGAAGCAGCAGUCGUCUCACAGUGGGAAAAACAAGCACAAGAAGGAGCUCAGCCUGACGUCAACAAGCGUCCCAUAUAAAAACAUAGAUGACCAAAGGAAUGAUAAAGUGACUCCUAUGUGAUGACGUGUGUAACCUGAAUGUAACAAACACCUGCUGUAUGAGGCCAACAUUAACAAUAUGUUCUGAAUCAUAUUCAUUCGGCCUCCAAAGAAUAAAACUCUGUCAGAAAUGAAGGAAGUCUUGUGAGAGUUGUGAAUAUUAUAGAUAUUGUUCAUACGCCCAUGUUUUGCUACUUAACUUGUGCUUUUGAAGAUGUAAUUUUAGUGUGCAUUUAAUUAACAGAGAAGUGGAAAUCUCUCUGUGUGCCAUUUUAAGUGUAUAUGUAUUUUUGGAAUGAAAUGCGUGCAAAAAAAAGUGUUUGUCUUUGUUAAAACGUUAAGUGUUUUUAAUUCUUACAGAUAAGAAAUAUUUUGACCAUUCCCAUGCACCUAUAUACUCAAGACAAGACAAUCUAUUUAUUUAGAUUAAUCGUAUACUUUUUUAUCUCUAAUUUGCAUUCAUCAAAUAUUUUGUAUCACAGAGCCCCAAAAUGUUCCAGAACAUUUCCAUCUGCCUUUCAUCCAAUACUCUGAAGGGAAGUAAAAAAUAAAAGCUCAUUCAACCAUU